CUUAGAAACUCACCGUGCGUGCUGAGAACCGUCGCGCCAAGGUGCCAUGCUGCCCCGAUGGGAAAUGGCUCUCUACCUGUUUGCGUCCCUGGGCUUCCACUUCUAUUCCUUUUAUGAAGUCUACAGAGCCUCCAGAGAACAUGAAGAAGAACUGGACCAAGAAUUUGAGCUGGAGACAGACGCUGUAUUUGGAGGAUUAAAGAAGGACCCAACAGACUUUGAGUGGAGCUUCUGGAUGGAAUGGGGGAAGAAGAGGCUGGUGUGGCUGCUCCUUGGCCAUGCAGUUGUGUCUCAGGUGGCCACGCUGCUGGUGAGAAAGCACAGGCCCUGGAUCCUCACAGCCUAUGGGAUGUGGGCCUGCUGGAGCGUGCUGGGUGCUCCUGGUGUGGUCAUGGUUCUCCUCCAUGCCAUCAUCGCCUUCAGCGUGGCGCAGUUCCGCUCCCUGCUCCUGUCCUGGCUCUGUUCUCUCCUCCUGCUCUCCACAUUGAGGCUGCAGAGUGUGGAGGACAUAAAGAGGAGAUGGUACAGGACAGACAGUGAGUACUACCUGCUUCAGUUCACGCUGACUGUCCGCUGCCUGUACUACACCAGCUUCAGCCUGGAGUUCUGCUGGCGGCAGCUGCCCACCAUGUGUGCACCUCACUCCUUUCCCUGGAUGCUGGCCUAUGUCUUCUAUUAUCCUGUCUUCCACAACGGGCCUAUCCUCAACUUCCCAGAGUUCGUCAGACAGAUGCAGCAGCCAGAGCUCUGCUCGCUGAAGGACAGCCUCUGCAUUCUGGCCCAAGGCCUGGGCCGCCUGCUGUGCUGGUGGACACUGGCCGAGCUGAUGGUCCACCUCCUAUACAUGCACGCCAUCUAUGGCAGCACCCUCCUCCUACAGGAUGUCAACUGCUGGACGUUAGGAGGACUGGCGUUGGCCCAGGUGCUCUUCUUCUACGUGAAAUACUUGGUUCUCUUCGGUGUCCCAGCCCUGCUCAUGCGCCUGGAUGGACUCCACCCGCCGCCUCUCCCUCGCUGCGUGAGCACCAUGUUCAGUUUCACAGGGAUGUGGAGGUAUUUUGAUGUUGGACUACAUAAUUUCUUAAUCAGGUACGUGUACAUUCCUCUGGGUGGGUCCCAGCAUGGCCUGCUGGGGACUCUGCUUUCCACUGCAAUGACAUUUGCCUUUGUGAGCUACUGGCAUGGCGGCUAUGACUACCUCUGGUGCUGGGCAGCACUCAACUGGCUGGGAGUCGCAGUAGAGAACGGGUUCCGGAGGUUCCUGGACACACCUUGUGUACGGGACAGUUUGGCCCGACACCUUUCCCCACAAGCUCGCUGCCGGCUUCACGCUGCCCUGGCGUCUUGUUCCACUUCGAUGCUGAUCUUGUUCAACCUCGUUUUUCUUGGAGGCAAUCAGGUUGGGAAAACCUAUUGGAACAGGAUUUUUGUACAAGACAUAACACAGUGUCCUCAUCUUGGCUCUGGAGAAAAUGCUGAUCUGGGAUUUGCUCACUGCCUGGCUGGCCAUGGGUGACCCUCUCUGUCUUGGGAUUCCUGUACUGUUACUCCCACGUGGGCAUUGCCUGGGCCCAGACCUACACCGUCAACUGACUCUGCCUUCACCACCAGCAUCCAAGGCAAAUAUAUGCCACCAUGAUCUUCCACUCAAAGGUGGUCUCCAAGGAGUUAUCUUCUGGUCAUCAUCUGUUGAAGAUACCUCAUUCCAAGACUGGCAUUUGAUCUCUCAUUAGAUAAUCUAUAACUAGAUAAUCUUUAGACUUUGGGGUCCUAGGCAUUUUCUACCCAAAUCUUACUUUCCUGAGUAAGCUGGGAUGCCGGCCAAUAAAGGUCUUACUCAGAUAAACAUGGUGACAUGUUGGUAUAGAACCCAGUCCCCUGGCCCUUUGUAUUUGUUUUUCUUUACCAAGAGAUAAAUGUAGUGCAUAUUUCUUGGUCGAGCAUUGGAAUCCUGGUUGGUAGUAGACCAUCCUCCUUGGAGCAUUGUUUCUGAGACAUUUUGGUGAUAUGUUGGUGACUCCUUUCCUGUGGCCCGUGGUGUGGGCUCUAGCACAGCAGUAGAACUUCACCCUGCAGCUCCUCAGUAGGAAGAUGACGGCACACUGGAGACUCAAUCCCGUGGCAUACUAAGGAGUCCAUAUCGAAGGAGUCUGUGACUUUCAAAGUUCAUUUGGCUUCUUGUUUCUGAGAUUUGCAGAGCUGUAUGAACAUGGAAGUUCCUCUGACAGUUAAUAUUUCCCAGUUAGGAAGCAGACUUCCAAAGUCAGAGGAGGAGUGUAUCCAGACAGGUGCUAUCAGUAAGUCCCAGAAGGCCAACAUGAGGGUCUGCUCUCUGCUCUGCCCUCUCCCUGGAGUCACAACAGUCCUAUUCCUGCUCUGAGAUUUAUGCUUUGUGGAUUUUGAGUCAAGUUGGAGCCUUUUUAUUACUUCAAAAAUUCCUAUCUUUCUAAAUUUACUCUGAUAGUUUGAAGCAAAUGUUUAAACUGUAAGUACACUUGCUUACCUCGACUCAUUCCUCCAGAAGGAUCCAGAGAAUCUGCCAAUGGCCCCAAGAGCAGAUGAUUUAGAAUAUUUUGUUUGGCUUUAGAUUUUUGGGAGGAAGGUGGAAGCUUUAAAAUUUGAAUCCACUGUGUAUUUAAUUUUGAUAAAUUUUUCUGUAACAUUCCAGGUACAUGCAUUUUCACCAAGUGGCAAGCUCACAUGGACCUUGGGCUGUUUUUAUUUGUUCCUUAUUGUCCUGGGGUCUUGGCUGUAAGUCAAAUUCCUUGAGUCCAGGACCAGUCAUUUUUGUUGACUCCAUUUAUUCUUUGGUGCUCUUCUUGUUUUUUGUUUUUUUGCAGAACCAGGGAUUGAACUCAGGCCCUUGCGCUUGCCAGGGAAGUGCUUAUUCCACUGAGCCAUCUCCCCGGCCCCCCUAGGUGCUCUUCUUGGGAGACAGAUGGGAGGGAAUAGAUGUCAGACUCCUGGCUUUGGUACAUGCCAUUGGCCGAAGUAAAGGGAAGCCAGAGAAGAGCAAGUAGCCUCAGAAGCUGCCAUGGAAAAGUAAGGGACACGAGCAGGAAAUUGUGGGGUCCUAGGAAGUUUUAAGGACAGAUGGGCCUCGGGAAGGAGAAAGCCCUCAAAUGAAUGCAGUAGAACUUUAUGGGGUAGCACUUAGGACUUGGGGGCCAGCCAGAGGGAGUUCAGCAGAAAUCUACUUGGAAAGAAAUCACUUGCUAAGAUAAAAAGGAGUACUGAAGUGAUUAUAGGGAUGGGUGUAAUGUAUUAUGUAUAUAAAUAAUACAAAAGAUUUUGAGCUCCUCCAAAGAGAACAUUUAUAUAAAACAAAUUUAUUCAUUCAUUGAACUGUGUUGCGUGAGUCAGUAGAUGUAUUUGAAAGUAAUAACCCUCAAUUUCUUUUAAACUAAAUCAUUCAGAGUUGUUCUUAGAAAUUAGUAAGGGAUUACUGUAUUUAGCUCUCUAUUUGAGGCUGAAAUAAUCCAUGUGUGGAUUACACAAACUCAUUGUUUUCUUUAAUCUCUUAUUGUUCUGUUCUGACAAUACUUAUCUCCACAUGCAUAUAAACUAUAAUCCUAGAAUUGUAUUCACCAAAGGACUGAUAAGGACCCUGAGAAUUCAGAAUGGUUCUGUGAGGAGCACCUUCACUGUCCUCAGCCCUGGGCAACUUCAGCUGGGAAGAAACUAAACAAAGUCCAUGGUCCCCACCAGUGCCAGGACCUUCUGACCCUGGCUGUGUGGGCCAACCCAGGGGUUCAGGCAUGGCAUCUGAGAGGUCAGCAAGCCCUUGGUCACUGUGGUCAAAUCUUGGAACCAUUGUAAGAAGACUUAAAAAGCAUUGUUUACAGAUUAAUGUAUGUGAGGUGACAGCAGAAAGUCUUCGGUUUUGUGAAAGCUACAGGCCUAGAAAGAAAAUGUAUCACAGAGGCACAUCCUGGUCCCUGAUUAGGAGACUAACAGUUUGGUAGGUAUGGGACUUUCCUGUGAGAGAAACUGAAACUUUGUACUUUGCUUAUAUGAAAUAAUGAUAUAACUUUCGACUAGCUAUCAGAUUAACCAUAAUCUAGUGAGCUUUGCUUUUAGCAGGCAUGCCAGGACAUGUCUGACAGGGAGUCUGAGGAGUCAGUGUGAGAAGCCUAAUGAUCUCCAUGGCAUUGCCCUUCUCAGUGUGUUCUGAACUCUCUCAAGUCUUCUCUCUGGGAAAUAUUUUAAAACAAAGAGAAACCCUCAUUUGGAAUUUGAAAUAACAUCACCCUUAAAUUUUGUGUCUUGUGCUUUUCUGCAGUGUAAAUAAGGGGCAGGGUGUUAUUAGGAAGGUCUGCAUUCACACUGUGACAUUAGGAGAUGGGGCACUGGAAUCCUGGUUGGUGAUAGACCUAUCCUCCUCAGAGCAUUGUUUCUGAGACAUUUUAGUGAUAUGUUGGUGACCCCUUUCCUGUGGCCUGUGGUGUGGGCUCUGGCAAGGCAGUAGAGCUUCACACUGCAGCCCCUCAUAGGGAGGAGAUGAGGAACACAGGUCUGAGUUUGGCUUGUACAGCAUGUCACAGAUUCCUCAUCCCUAAAUGGAGUUACUGUGCAAAAGGAGCAACACCACUUUUGACAUGUGGCCCACUGGGUAUUAAACGAGAACUCAGGUUGGCAGGGUUGUGGAGUCUUGCCAUAAGCAAGAAGCAGUCCCAGUGAAAAUCACAACACACCUGAAGCCAUGCUGAUGGUAAGACUGCUUAGUUCAGGGCAAGCAGCCCUCUGCCUUAGGAACUCCUAAGAACAUCAAUGAAGUCAAGCAAGGGUCGGAGCUAAUAUCACUGACACCGAGUCAGGCAGUGAGGCUGCAGUAUGUUCUCCCUACUCAGUGCUAAAAGGCAGGGAGAUAAACUUUGAUAAGUGUUAAAUCAAUAUGUCCUGGAAAUUUGCAGUGAUGCCACACGGCUAGGGUUUGGACAUCAUUUGUCCCCUACCAAGCUCUUGUUAGGAUCUGAUAGUCAUUGUGGAGAUGCUGGGAGGCAGAGCGUCUCCAGAAGAUGAGCUUGCCAAGAGGGACUCAAGCCUCGCUUGUAGGACUGAGUCUUCGUGGGGGAGUCACCGUACAGCCCGUCACAGCCUGUCUCCUCAGCAGGUGCCUGCUGCUUCUGCAGCCCCCACAUAGCAGAGCAGCUCCGGGCCCUCACAAGCAGUGGCUGCCCUGUCAGCGACUUCCCAGCUUCUGGAACCUAAGUCUGCUUUUGUGCUUUACAAAUGGCCCACCUUGGGUUCUGUAAGGGCACCAGAAAUCAGACUGAGCCGCAGAUUUUAAAAGCAGUCUGUGUAUACUAGGCAGUACUUUAACACAUAAUCUUGAUGUCUUUAGAAUUUUAAGUUCUCCAAAAACUACAAUAUAGGUGCUAUUUCAAGUUGAGCUUCCCAAAUCUCAAAAAAGAAUAGAAGAUACCACCCUCGCUCUGUCUUAGGCCAGAACACCCAAUGUGCCGCCAUCCUACAGGAAAGACAA